UUUUGUGAAAUGUUGUGUUUUGCACCUCAGGGCUUGAAUGAGGAAAAUAUGAAAAAAUAAAAUCAGACAACUUAACAAACUUUUUGUGCUGAAAUGCUAAAAAUUCUUGUUUUUUGUUUCAACUCAAAUUAGGUCAGAAAAUGUUCAAUAUUGUUUACCGGAGCUCCACAUGUACACGCGCACACACGCACACACACGCCUCCAGUACCGGGAAGUGAUCAGCGGGUUUUUCGGUUUCGGGCUCCUCCGUUUAGAGUGUGCACGAGCCUCCGUGAUCAAUCAGCACUGAUCGAUUAUUGAUGCCGCCGCUGCGCAGCCGCCCCGCGCGCCUCCAUCAUCACAUCCAUGUUGUCUCACCGGAGGAUGAGUCGGUAGGAGGCUAAGAGCUAGCGGACCGAGCGGCGGCACCGGACGCGUUUCUCAUGUCGGUUCGUGUUCUGACGUCGUUCUGCGGAGCCGUUACCGUCACGAACAGGUCCGGACUGUGGAUGGCUGUCGGUAGGUGCUCCGCCGGGCGGCCCGGUUAGCGGAGCGGGGAGGAUGCAGCAGCUAGCCGCCGUUAGCUCCGCAGCUGUUUAUUUAUAUCGGUGUUAUGUAAGAGCAGCUAGCUCCCGUUAGCUCGUUAGCUCCGUUAGCUCUGUUAGCCUGUCAGGAUGAAUGACGCGCAACAAGAACUGUCUCCGGACUUCGUGCUGAUGCGGCUCGUGUCCGCGGCGGAGUACGACCGGCUGGACGAGCCGGAGGACCUGCUGACCGGCGGCUUCGGGCCCGUGAAGGCCGGGCUGGGGCACCGCGGCGGCGGGUUUGAUGUUGAGACCAGCGGCCCCUCGCCGGGCCUCGGCUCGGCCUCCCCGCACUACAGCUCUCCGCUUCCCGGGAAAGGCGAGCUGGACGGCGGGCUGCUGCUGUCGGAGGCCCCGCCGGGUUCCGAGUCGCGGUCCCCCCCCCCCACAGGAGGACUUCACUGCGGCGGCCCAGCGGUUCGUGGACUUCCCGGUGCCGCACGGUCCCGGCCCAGGGGGGCCUGGGUCCAGGGCCCAGCUGAUGGUGUUUCAGAACUUGCUGCGGUCUGGAGACCGAAUCCUGGAGUGCGGACUGGAGCCAACCCCCCCGGGGGACACACAGAGACAGCAGCUGAACUCAGGACCAGGUCCUGGUCCCGGUAGCACAAUAGCCGGUCCCAGUCCGGGCGGUGGGAAGGACCAGAACCCUCACUGCGCCCCCCCAGAGGAGACCCUGCAGCCACCCCAGUGGCACUCAGUCCUCAGACCCCAGACCCAACAGGGCGUCCCGGCUCUGCACCCUGAGUCCGGGUCAGUCCUGUGCCACCGACACCGGGUCCUCACAGACAGGCUUGCUCAGUGGCCCCCCGCCCUGCUGGACCAGGCCCUGCGUCUGGGGCUGCUGGAGCCCCGCAAGAACCGCCCUGCUGGGGGUGAGGACCCGGUCCUGGCUCUGGCCCGAAGGCUGGGCCAGCUGGGGGAGGGGGGCGGAGGGGAGGACAUGCUGCCCCCCCUCCCCCGGUGCUCUUGCCACAGCGUCUUGGCCUCAGGGACGGGUGGCGAGGACCCAAGUGAGACCAGUGACGCCCUGCUGGUCCUGGAGGGGCUGGGGUCUGAGGAGGUGGGGGGGCUGGGGGACGGAGAGGGGGUGGGCACUGAGAAAGGGGAGAGGGGGAGCGGAGGGGGGACAUGUGGGGGGGCAGGGACUCUGAGCGGUCUGAUGCGGCAGGUCCACAGACUGGCGGAGGAGGCGGGGGUCUGUACGGACCAGAGCUGCCGGACCUCGCUGGCUGUCCUGGGCGCCGCAGUGUCCCCCCCCCCAAUCAGCAGCAGCCCCUCUCCCCCAGUCCACCUGCCGGCCCCCGACGCCCCCACGCAGCACCAGUCCCGGUCCCAGCCGCAGAGCCGGGCCACGACCCCCAAAUUCGGUGUGGCCUCUGGGGGGGCGGGCCGGUCCGCCUCACCCCUGGUGGUCCUGGAAGGGGAGGGAGAGAAGACGCCGCGGGGGAAGUCCAGGAAGGGGGGUUCCCUGAAGGUCCGACUCAGCAAGCUGUUCAGAACCAAGAGCUCCAGCGGCGGGCCGGGGGGGGGUCUGGACAAGCGGCCGUCGCUGAGCUCAUCCACCUCGUCUGGGGGGAGUCUGCUGGACGUGUGGGGGUCCAGCUGCAGCAACACGGAGCCCGACAGCGCCAGGCUGCAGGUGUCCAGACCUCACAGUGCCUUCUCUCCGGUGCCCUUCACUCCUGCUUUCACCGGUGAGACGGUGUCUCUGGUUGAUGUGGAUAUUUCUCGGAGGGGGGGGAACUCUCUUCACCCCCCGACUCCUCCUCCUCCACCCAGACGGAGCCUCAGUCUGCUCGAUGAUUUCGGCGGUCCUCCUCAGCAGCAGGGUCCGUUCCUGGAGCGCAGCGUGGGGGCGUCGAUGCAGUCACUGCCCCCCCGACCGCUGGCCCUGCCCCCCUCCCUCAGCACCAUCCAACACAGCCUGAGCCUCAACGACACCUUCCUGCGAGGGUUACCGAGGCCGAUCCCGUUGCGUCCCGAUGGUCAGCCCCUCCCCCCCCGACUCGCCCCCCGCUGCCCCCUCAGCCGGCCGGACGCCAACAGCUUCGCCACCAGCCUCCGAGAACUGGAAAAGUGUGGGUGGUACUGGGGGCCAAUGAACUGGGAGGAUGCAGAGAUGAAGCUGAAGGGGAAACCAGACGGAUCGUUUCUGGUUCGAGACAGUUCAGACCCGCGAUACAUCCUGAGUCUGAGCUUCAGAUCGCAGGGAGUCACACACCACACACGCAUGGAGCACUACAGAGGAACCUUCAGUCUCUGGUGUCAUCCAAAGUUUGAGGACCGUUGUCACUCUGUGGUGGAGUUCAUAGAGAGAGCCAUCAUGCACUCCAAGAACGGGAAGUUCCUCUACUUCCUGCGCUCCAGAGUCCCCGGUCUGCCCCCCACCCCGGUCCAGCUCCUGUACCCGGUCUCCAGGUUCAGCAGCGUUAAAUCUCUGCAGCAUCUCUGUCGCUUCUGCAUCAGACAGCUGGUCCGGAUCGACCACAUCCAGGAGCUGCCGCUGCCCACACCUCUGAUCGCCUACCUGAGGAAGUUUUAUUACUACGACCCCGAGGAGGAGAUCAGCCCGUCGCUGAAGGAGAGAGCGGCGGAGCCGAGCGGCCAGCCGGGGGUCGAGUCUCAAACGUAGCGCCGGAGCCUCCGAGGAUAACUUAUUUUCUUUCUUUUACUUCUUCUGGACCGUCGACGAGCUCACCGAAGGACGAACGUUCAAACUGGACUCUCAGACUGCAGCCAAUCAGCUCCCUCCGCUCAGUCCUGUAUCCGGGCGGGUUUCAGAUGAUCCACCCUCCUCCGGGGCUCUCCCGAUUGGCUCGCGGGGAGUCGACAAAGGGGGGGAGGGGCAGGGGAUGUGGAGACUCCGCCUCUCUUCUGAUGUCAUCACUGAGCAGCUGGACUUUAAGGAAGCGUUAAAAAAAAAAAAAAAAAAAAAACAGCCUCGGUGUUUGUCGCCUCCAGGAUCCUUUAACCUCCGACGCCGACGGCCGAACGUGAAGAAGCACUUUGGGAUUUAUUCUGACGGAGACUUGAAACGUCCAGAAGUCACGAAAACGCUGGAAACUUUCCUCACAGCAGAGAACAAAGACUGGAACCCAAACAUGUUCCACUGAUCUCAACUCAAACCUUCACUUACUGUCUUUCACAGAGCUUUCAGUCACGUGAGCUGUGAGCAGAGCGGCGUCAUGUGACCAUUAACUGUCCAAUAAAAAACAUGAGUUUGACCUUCAGAGUAAGACGCUGUAAAAACAACAGGCGGAGAUUCUGAGACAGUUGUGAUGUUUUGAGAGAAAGUCAUAAAGAAUGCGGAAGGUGACAUUUACUUUUUUCUUAAAAUAUUACAACUUUAUUUUGAAAUCUAUAACUUCAGUGGCCCAAAUACUCCAUCGUAUCAAACAAACCAAUUCGGCAGCAAAAAAAUAUUCGAUCUCAACUCUUGACACCAAAGUUUAUCUUAUAAAACUGAUGAUAACUCACUGAGGAAGACCAUGCACGCUGACUGAAAGGUCUCACCCAGCUAGCAAAAUCUAAACAGACACUUUUUCACCUGAAAAACUAAAUUUGGAGACACAAUAACAGUCGAACACUUACGAGGAUAUUUGUGGACGAAUCUCGAGCCGCGACGUUUCAUGACGUCACGGCUGGAAAAACGUCUCCCGACGCUUCGUUGACGUUUUGAAGUGAAACUAGUGAUUGUAUCUUCAACAAAAACAAAACAGGUGCAGGUGAACUAAAGGUGACUUACACAAAAAGACUCACCACAAGGUCCAUUUAGUAGCUGUUCUGGAGCUUUCAGCAUCAUAACGUUGGGUAAAAAUGGAUGGAUGAUGGUGAUCGAAAGCUCCCAAACUGAAUGGACCUUUAGGGGAGAUUCUUUUGUGAACGUCUGUUAAUCUAAACUCACAGAACAGUUUUAUUUUAAGUUCUGUACUGAAGCUCUUCAUCACUCUUCAUCACUCUUCAUCACUCUUCAUCACUCUUCAUCACUCUUCAUCACUCUUCACCUGGUUUGUCAGCAGCGCUAACAGAACGUUGCGGUGUAGUGUCAGUGUUUUCUUACUCGGAUCAUCGUCACGUUGAACCUCAAAGACAAGUUUCAAGAAAGUUUCAGUUCGAUGUUGGUGAUCAGAGUUCUGCUGUCCGACCCGACGAGUCUGUCAGAGUUUUGGAGUUUUCUUGUUCUCGGCGGGAUCAGACGCCGCAGGUCUGGAAGAGUUUGAGUCUGAAUUCAGGAAAAACAAGUCAGUGGAGCCUCAAAGAAGAGAGUCAUUCAGUUACUGAAGUGGGAGAAGCAUCAAUAAGCAGCGAUGGGAAAGUUACUUGAAAAUUGUAGUUAAUUACUCAUCAUAAAAGUAAUUACAUUACUGUCAUUACUCAGCCAUCACGCUGCGUCUUUUCUAUUUAACAUGUAGAAACAGAAACAGGCAGGAAACAGUCUGAAGGAUCUACUGAGCGUCCGGCAGCUAGCGUUAGCGUUAGCGUAGCCUCAGUGAGUCACCUGAACUCUGAAUGUAGGCGCACCUGUGGCUAACAUUAGCACGCCAGCUAACAACAUACAUCAUGUGAAUAAGACAUUUGUCCAGAGCGUCUGUCAGCUGAUCGCAGAGACCACACUGAUAUCAACCCUCCGUUAAUCCCGUCAGACAAGUGUAACAGAGUGUUACUGGGAUUAGUAACUGUAAUCUGAUUACUGAGUUUCAAACUGUAAUCCCACCGUUCACUACUGUUACUGGAAAAAGUAAUGAUAUUACUGUAACAUGCUGCAGAGUAACGUGUUGCUGUCCGGCGGUGUUCUUGGUGAUUAGCAUUACAAGUUAGCCAGCGAUAGCGUUAGCUUGUUUU